GUCAGUGUGGUGUGUGUGGUGUUAGUUGUUUUUUCGUUUUCUGACGACUGCCUUAUCGAACACUGAAAUCCAAAUUAAUAAUUUUAUUUUUGUUAAUUCUGUACAUUUUUUAAACGUUGUACUUACUACUUCCGACGAUAUAACAGUCAGUACACGAUAAUUACGGUUCAUGAUCAAUUUUUUCGGUGAGAUCGUUGUUACCGUUGAUUCAAACGCUGUACUUCGUUCAUUAGCUGGUGAUAAGUUCAAAUCGUCCAGAUUGAACAGAUUCACGCACAACCGUAAUUAAUGCGUCCGCUGUUAUCUAGGUUAACAGUGCUUCAGUGUUAUUGGCCACGGUUUUCAUAUUUUGUGUAUUGCCAAAAUAUCACGUGCCCGUAUAAAUAAUUUUAUAUUGCUUAUGAAUUAUAAUCGUCAUGCCUUGGUGUAUUAUAAUUGGCUGUAGUAACAAUUUGAAAGCUACAAAGCAACAUGAAAAAGAUGUGUCUUAUCAUAUUUUUCCAAAAAAUACACAACGACGUAAUGCUUGGAUGAACAAUAUUAAACAACCAUUUAAGUUUAAUGCAGAUACAUCUUAUGUCUGUUCCAAACAUUUUGUUCCUGAUGACUUUGAAUGUAAUAGUUUAAAAGAACAAUUACUUAACAUUAAAGUUAAAAGACAACUGAAAAGAACUGCUAUUCCAUCCAUUAAUUUGUCUAAUGCUUCAGAAGAAGAAAAAUUAACAAAUGAAGUUAAUAAUCCAAAUGCAAGUUUGCAGUUUAAUAAUAAAUAUGAUGUACAAAAAUGCUGUGCUGUUUCCAAUUGUAAUAAUAUUAUGUAUAGUGGAUCAGAUGAGCCAAAUCAGAUGAGCAACAGUAAAAUAAUGUUCCAUAAAUUUCCAACUGAUACUGUAAUAUUAGAGAAAUGGUUGAAGUUCUGUAAUAAUUAUAAAACUAUUUCGGAUGAAUAUCAAAAUUUUCAAAUAUGUUCAGAGCAUUUCAACAAAGAUAAUUAUGAAAACAAAUAUACUAAUGAGUCAUCAUAUCCAAUAAAAGUACUGAAAAAAGAUGCAGUACCAACAUUAAAUGGUGGAAUUAUAAAUGAAAAUAUUAAAAAUGUUGAAGAUGAGUUGUCAAGGACAGAACGUAAAAAGCUUGUGGAUAAAUUGUUAGCAGACUAUGAGGAGCAACAAAAAAAUGAAAAGGGUCAUCUGAAUGGCAUGGUAACCAAGUACCCAGGUUUUUUUUCUCCAAAAAUUAAUUCAAAUGCGAAACUUGGAGAUAAAUUAAAAUUGUUAAAAUCAAUAGAUAACCCAAUAACCUAUCCUCCUUCUAAAAAAAAGAAAGUAUCUACAGCUCUAAACUUAAAUACAGAACAUUUAGAAUCGCCAUUUAUUAAUAGAUUAACUCAGGAAAUUAAUCAAAAUAUUCAAGUAACACAUGUUAAAGGCGGACUUAUGUUACAUGCUCUACCACAAAUAGUCAAUAAUGUAACAAAUACACAUUUGGAUAAAACGAUUCCCGACGAGGAAGAAGAAAUUAUUAUUGUUACGGAAGAUGAAGCUAGCCAUAUAGAUCUGUCUUCAUAUGAGGAAGAAGGUAAAGGAAAUAACACUGAAGUGAUUAUAGUCACGGACUCUAAAGAAACCAAAAACACUCAUAAGCAUUUAAAAUGUGUAUCUAUAAAUAAUUUAAUUCAUAAAAUUGAUAGUGAUAAUAAGUGUGAGAAACUAUUAAAAAACAAUGAAAGUCUAUGCAUGCCUUUAAAUACAGAUAAAGGUUCAUUAAGUCAAGAUAAGGGAUGCCAAGUAAUAAUUCCAUGCAAAGGUUGUGAAAACAGAAGUCUUAAGAUCAAUAAACUUUUAAGAGAGAGGACAAGAUUAUUGAAAGAUCUUAAUCAAAAUGGUGCAUGGAAAGAUCCAGAUGAAAUAAAUACCUUAAAAAGGAUGAAUGGUGUUUUGUCCUUAUUGUUAUUGCAGUGUGUUGGCGAAAAAAAUGGUAAAAAAUCUCCAUCCAUACGAGUAGAUUUAGUGCAAGAUUCCAUUGAGAGAAUUAAUCGUGGAUGGUCAAUGCAAGACACAUCAGAAACAUUAUGUCAAGCCUUAAGUAUUAAUGCUUAUGAUGAAUUUGCAAGAGUAUUUGAAAUGAUUAAUGAAAUAUAAUGCAAAAUGUAUUUUCUGAUAGAUUGAUCUUAAACUUUCAUCUAAUUUAUGUUUAGUAUUUAAACUAUACUUAAUUAGUUGAUUGGUUUGCAUGGUAAAUCUUAAAAUUAUAUUUGAUCACAGGGUAAUAGAAUGGACUAUUUAACAUUACUAAACUAAGCAGACUAAGCUAAAAAAUAAAAAAAAGUGAGUUUUUAAUAACUUUUGUAUUUUUUAUUAAAAUUUGUUAUA